UGGGCUGGAUAGUUAAGAAUGCCUCCUCGGCCUGACGAGAUCGAGUAUUUGCUACUUUUCUCAUCCGCGUUCGGGUAUACAAACACAAUCUUGCAUCUCUUUUCCAUUCUCAAAUGCCAUUAAUGAAAAUCUGCCCGUAAUUACACAAAUUUCUGUCGAUAAUUAUCAGCACUUCCGUGCGAUUGCUUCAGGUGUGGAUUUGAAUACUUCGGUCGGGCUGGACAGUCGAAUCGUGGAGGGUUUUUUUUUUCUUGGGGCACAGUGAGCAUCCGGAGGCGACCUGAGAAUGUGUUUAAGUUUGGUGUUCUUUUCCCUUAUGUGUGAUGCAAAGUUCGAAAAUAUGCAAGAGAAAAGAGUUUAGUGGCCGAAGGAGCUGUGACCUGUGACACACACGGGAAGGAGUGUUUCCUUACCGCAAUGGCCCUCAGGAAGGAAGCCCUGUAAAACAUAGCUAGAUGUAAAUUAAUGUGCCCUUUUACCUCAUGAGUGGAAACAAAAUGAUGGCAAUGAAACAAACCAGAAUUCUGGUGCUACAGGUUUCAGGAAUCUGUAAUAAGUGAGCAAGAGCCAUGCGAAUAAAGUGAACGAGUGUAAUAAUCAAAUUUUGUGCAAUAUUUGUGGAAAUACGUGAAUACGGCGAAUACAGGUGUUAUAUUCCAUUUACUGCGCUUUGUUAAAAUAUUUGCUGGGUUUAAGUGAUGGAUGAAAGAUUACUAAACGAUCUGCUCGAGUGUUCCGUUUGCUUGGACCGAUUGGAUACUUCUUCCAAGGUGCUACCUUGCCAGCAUACUUUCUGCCGGAAAUGCUUGGAGGAAAUUGUGGCCAGCCAUCAGGAGUUACGAUGUCCGGAGUGUCGAGUCUUGGUGGACGUAAAAAUCGACGAGCUCCCGCCGAACGUGUUGCUGAUGCGUAUACUGGAAGGCAUGAAAACAGCUGAGCUGAACAAUCAAAAUACGAACAUAAACAAAGCAAUCCGCACUGGCCUCGGAGGUGGGAGCAGCAACAUAUUUAGUCUACAACAACAGCAUCAUCAUCAGCAGCAGCAACAACAACAACAUAAUCACCCAAGCAUAGCUUAUCAGCAUCAAGGCUCGUCGCAUCAGCAGAAUCAUGCGAAAAACAACAAAACUGACCAACAGCAGCCGCACCAUCACCACCAUCAUUCUCAUAAUCACCAUCAGAACAAUCAGCAACAAGGUCAGCAGCAUGGAUUGGGCCGAAUCAUCGCGCCACUGUCCGGCAAUAACGCACUGGAUCUAUCGAAAGUUCCACACGCGAAAGCAUUUUACGACUUCUCCUCCGGCGAGACCAGUGACAUCAGCUUCAAGAAGGGUGACAUCAUCAUUCUCAGGAAGAAGAUCGAUCACAACUGGUGCGUUGGCGAAGUCAACGGGAAGGAAGGUGCCGUACCGUUGAACCAUUUGCAGGUGAUAGUCCCGCUACCUUACCCUCAAUGCAAAGCUCUGUACGACUUCAGCAUGGGUCCAAACGAAGAAGAAGGCUGUCUAACGUUUAAAAAAGGCUCCUUGAUUCAUGUGCUGAGACGGGUGGAUCAAAACUGGGCCGAGGGACGAAUAGGGGACAAGAUCGGCAUUUUUCCCAUCUCGUUUGUAGAAAUGAAUUCUCUCGGAAAACAACUGAUGGAUUCCGCGUUGAAACAUCUCCUAGCGAACGCCCCUAACAAUCGGUCUGUUCCUCCGACGCCUUUCGAUCUGAAUGCCAGUGAUACCACUAGUUCGAGCGCAACAACAAGUCCGAAUUCUUCCGCCAGUACAACGAGUUCUAACUCAAGUACUGCGCCCAGCAGUCCAACUUCUCACUUUCUGACAACUCCUGCGGCAGCGACUAGCGCCCACUCAAACAAGGACCACAAAGAAAAGCGACAUUCACUGACAAAUUUCAUCGCUAGUUCAAGCGGGAACGGAGUUGGCUCAGUUGGUGGUUCGUUGCACCAACCCAAUCGUCAUUCCGCUGAAAUACUCAACAUUCCGGAAUCGGACAGGCAACAGCCCCUAUCACAAGCAGUAGUGAAUUCAGCUAAUGCCACUGCUUCGACCGACCAUCCGCCAACAAAUAGGCCCGAUGUGCUGAACUAUCAAAAAUCUAAUAUAGCUAAGGCUAAUCAGUUAUAUCAUCCGCAUCCUCAACUGCCAGCUACUUAUAUCGCUCUCUACCCAUACAAACCUCAGAAACACGACGAAUUGGAACUAAAGAAAGGAUCAAUUUAUUACGUCACCGAACGUUGUCAGGAUGGCUGGUUCAAGGGAGCGAAUCGCCAGCAGAAGUCAGGCGUUUUCCCCGGGAACUAUGUGACCGUGUACAAAGGUCGCGACGGUGGUCACUCUAGCCGUAAUCCGAAUCCCCAGGGACCAACCACCACCACCGGUACUGUCCAGAGUCCGUCCAAUAGCAUAGCCCAAAUCACACUACCUGCCUUACCACCCCGAGACACUACGACCGCCCCCGCUCCCAGUGCUGCAGGUCCCUUGUGGACUAAGCAACAGAGCCAAUCAGGGAAUUACAUUGACUCGCUGUUUGGAAGAAAAUCAGGAGGAGCAUCUGCUGUCGAUAAGAAUGUAUCCGCAAACGCUGGUGCUGCUGCUGCAGCAGCAUCGGCCGCUGCGGAUUCAUCCCAACCCGUAGCCCAACCUGUGAAGGAGAAGAAGGAUUCAUCGGCCGUUAGCUUGAUGAAACGUCUCACCAACAUUAAAAGAUCAAAAUCGCCUACAACAGGUACGAAUAACGGAGGAACGACCAAUCCAGCUUAUUCCAUGGACAACCCAGUGUUUGAAGAUAGCGCGGCGACAGCUACGCCCGUUGUGAAACAAAAUCUUCAGCAGAUGAUAAACCCAGUGCAUGUUAGAUCUGGAUCAUGUCCCAGUCAGCUGCUACAGAAUCUCCCAGCGGAUCUAUUGCUCAGCCAAGGGCGUGAUAGUGUUCCCUACAUGUACGGAUCGCAGCGAGUGAAGCCACACAAAGAACGACCUUCAAUGCAAGGACUGAAACAUGAGGCUUCCGGCAAAAGUUCAUCCAAACAUUCCGCUGGUAACCAGCAGCAGCAGCAAUCGCACGAAGCACCAGUUUCCACCUCGUCCUCGUCGCACGGGCCGAAGCAAUCCCAAGCAUAUCAUCGGAAGUCUCAAAGUCUGGACGCUUCAGCCAUUAUAUCCCACAUGAAUGGGACGCCAUCUAAGUCAAAGUCACACUCGCAGACGGUGCGAGAAAGAUUCAAAUGCAUCGUGCCGUACCCCCCAAACAGCGAAUACGAGCUUGAGCUUCGCGUCGGCGACAUUGUGCUGGUGCAUAAAAAACGUGAUAACGGCUGGUACAAGGGCACCCAUCAACGCUCCGGCAAAACUGGUCUAUUCCCAGCGUCGUUUGUCGAGCCAGAUAUAUGAUAUCGGAACUAGGUGCUGGGAAGAAUGAUUUUCUGUUUGAAAUAACUGCGAGCGAUUUUAUUCUAGGAUCAAACAUGGUUUGUACGCAUGCGUGGGAUUGCAUCUGCGUGAGUGUUUCGUAUCACCGGGAUUAGACAAAAUUAUAGAUAUUUAGCAUUUACGAUCACUCUUGAAUUAGGCCAAUAACAAUGCAAUUUGUACCUAAUUUUUGUCUAUUGAAUAUUUUGAAGUCUGAUAAUAGUAUUAGAACAAGUUUGAGAAACGUUAAAAAGUACCCUGAUAAAAUUUAAAAUUGCCUGUUGAAAGUAAUGUAGCAAAAUUUAAUACUGAAAGCGAGCGUGACAAGAAAAAAACAGUCAACUUUUUUCAAAAGACCACACAAAAUUGAAACUAAUUCAUGAAAAAUUUUCAAACGUUGUUUCGAAUAAAUUGAGCAGUUCAUGAACAGUCAGUCAUCUUCAGUCUUUGAGCCAUUCCACGUGAAUUGUUUUCACGGUAACGAACUCUCUAAAUCUGAUAACAUUGUACAAAUUUACUCAAAAUACUAGCCCAAACAUUUACGUUGUGUUUGAUUCUAAUACAAUAGUGCAAAAUAAUUCUUUUAUUCGUUAGCAAAUCUGUAAUCAACAAAAAAGUAACGUGUUUCAUGUACACUAAACUAAGGAUAGCGAUACUAUUUCAUAUUACAUAAUAUAUAUAUUAUAUACACAUUGUCUAACGAAAUGGUAUUAAGAAAAAUGUUUAUGUUUUAAUUUCUGAUGAAGAAAAUACACAACGUUUAACGUGCAAAAUCUGCGAGAUACAAAAUUCAGUUCGCCUACGAGCGAGAGCGUGCAAAUAACAAAGGGUUUGAUAAUGGAUUUUUUUAACUAUGAAAAAUGUUCAGACAAAAUAAUGUGAAACGGCUAGAGCGUGGCAAACGAGAAAACAAACUCAUUAAAACUAAAUUCACAUCUAACAGGUAAAACGCAACGAUUGAAGACGAGCACAAAAACAUUUUCGAACAGGGUGAACGAAAUUGGUACAGUUUUUUUUCCAAUCGUAGUUAAUUUCAUGUUCUCGAAAGCGGAACAAUACGAAAACAAAUGCCUUCAGGAGUGGGAUUUGAAUUGGGAUAGUCUGAUUGGUAGAAUUGCAUUGUCUUAUUUCGUAUGGUAUUUCGACGUUGACGUUGACGUUAGUCCAAGAGUUGUUAAGUCCAGGGAAAUAGAUAACGAUGUGAUUGUGUAAUUUGUGAGUUUUGUAAACCCAUUUCGUAAACGAGUACGAACAGAGCGAACGGCAAAGUACUGAGAAAUGAGCAUCACGGAAACGAAGUGAAGCGACAAUUGAACGAAUAAUAAAGAAAACAG